GAAUUUUGUUGGUUGUUUGAUUAAGAAACUAUUACAAUAUGCACGAUUUAAUUUCUGAUUUUGAAACUGUUUCUCCGGACGCGUGGAUAUUAAAUGAAGAGGAAUGGAAGCAAAAGCUCCUGAAUCUCCCAAAUUGGCACAGGAUUCCGUUAAUUAACUCGAAUGCGUCUCACAACCUGGCAGAUGGCACGUUGGUGCGUUUUCGUGGUAUGAUACAAGAUAUGCACAAUCCAGAGUUUUAUUUUGAACAAUUUGAGGUAUACAAUUCGGUUACCAAUGAGAUUAAGAAUAAAUCCGGCAAGUACAGGGACACUGGUAAUGUUAUGGAGAAUGAAAAAGUAAACUAUGCACAAAACUUUAAAGGUGCACAAAGACAAACUAUGGUAGUUAUUUCACUGCCUGGCCUUAAUGAAUGGGCACAGACUUUAGAAGACAAAGACAACUGCCUGAGACAUUUACAAAACCAGCCAAACACCUCCAAACGACUCAAUCAGAACAUAAAACUUAAACGGAGUUAUGAGGAAGCAGAAGAAGAUGCGGAUGCAAUGGAUAUUGUUGAAAAUGAAGUAGGAAGUAAAGAACGGAGGACAGAUGAAAAUGUGGAUAGUUCCACAAAAGCAGUUUCAAGAGAACAUUUGCUAAAUUUUCCAUUGCCUGAUGUGCCUAGCAAGUCUUGUAUUGCAAAGAUAUAUGAUGAAAGCGACGACUUAAAACUGAAUGAUAUGGUGGAAAUAGUAGGUUUCCUAUCUGUAGACCCAGCCCUUUCUGGAGAAUUCCAACCAGAGACAAAUUCCCUAAUAGAGCUUUCAGUAGAAAGUGAGGCAGAGAUAAUAACACAUAACCCACCACCUAGUCUAGUUCCUAGAGUACAUGCUGUGCUCGUCAAGAAAUUGGAUCAUUGUAAUCCUUUGGUUAAAGGUUGUUUUGAUCAGGAGUUGGCACUAAAAGAGGCAAAUGCAGCCAGGGAGCAUCUUCUAAAAGCAUUGACAGAAUUGCUGCUUGGAGAUCAGUUGGCUGCUGAAUAUCUCAUUUGUCAUCUUAUUGCUUCUGUGUACCUCCGCCAAGACACAAUGACCCUUGGUCAGUUCUGCUUAAAUCUGUCUAAUUUACCUACAGACAAAUACCCCAACUACGCCAAGCAGCUUUACGAUAUCAUUAAGCAAUUUGUCACCAAGAGCUAUUAUCUGCCUCUCACUGUUGAUAAUAUGAAUUCUCUGGCCUUGCAACCUAAAAAAGACUAUGACUGCAAUCGACUAACCAGUGCCGUUUUACAACUGAGUAAAGGCACCCAUCUUGUCUUAGACGAAACUAAAAUGGAGCAAGGCCGUUUAGACAAUACAGGCGUACACAACAUUGCGGCAUUGGGAAAUUUGAUCAAUACUCAGAAAGUGGAAUACGAUUUUAAGUUUUAUAAGAUGGAAUUUGAUUCUGAUAUACCUGUUCUUGUACUUUCGGAAGGGAAAUCUUUGCUGCCUAGCAACUACUAUGUACCCUUAAAACCGGAAGAAUCAUCUCUAGAAAUAUUCGACGCUAUUGUGGAAGCCGCUACUUAUUACUUGAAAGAGGAAAUCAUGAAUGUAAUCAGGACAUAUUUGACUACUUUAAAACUUGUCAAGUAUACUAUUAAUGAUGAAUUACAGUUCGUAGAAGACGACUUCAUAGAAAUGCGCAGUAAAGCAGACAGCGAGAAUCCAGUCACUGCCGACGAUCUGCACAGAUUGUUAGUGCUUGCACGAUUAGUCAGCUUGUCCCGCGGUCACGAUACUUUGACCAAGCAAUGCUGGGACAUUACUAAGCAAAUGGAGAAUGAUCGUUUGCAACGGAUUGGAAAUAGGGUGGCACCUACGUUGUAA